AUGCUCCGAGAAGCCGUCCUUCUAUUAUUGUCACUGUUCCUCGCUGCGCAUGCGCAGCAGGUUGGGACACUGACAACUGAGACCCAUCCCUCUCUCACCUGGCAGAAAUGCACCGCAGCCGGCUCUUGCACCACCGUUGAGGGUAGUGUGGUUAUUGACGCCAACUGGCGAUGGGUCCACUCUGUCGAUGGAUAUACCAAUUGCUAUACCGGCAAUACCUGGGAUGCAACUCUGUGUCCGGACGACGUGACGUGCGCCGUUAACUGCGCUGUCGAUGGAGCCGAUUACAGCAGCACCUACGGUGUGACUACUUCUGGUAGCGAGCUAAGAAUCAAUUAUGUCACGGAAAAUUCCAAUGGCCAGAACGUUGGCGCUCGUCUGUAUCUGCUUGAGGACGAAAGCACAUAUCAGACCUUUGAUCUCCUCGGAAACGAAUUUACGUUUGACGUGAACGUGGCUAAUCUGCCCUGCGGGUUGAAUGGUGCACUUUACUUCUCCCAGAUGCCAACGGACGGUGGUACCUCUACGUAUACCAACAACAAGGCUGGGGCUAAAUAUGGUGUUGGUUACUGUGAUUCUCAAUGCCCUCGCGAUCUGAAAUUCAUUGAUGGACAGGGCAACGUCGAAGGAUGGGUACCGUCAACCGUCGAUUCAAAUACCGGUAUCGGAAACCAUGGGUCCUGCUGUCCUGAAAUGGACAUCUGGGAAGCAAACAGUAUCUCCUAUGCAACCACCGCUCAUCCAUGCUCGACUCUCGGCCAAACCAUGUGUGAAGCAGACGCCUGUGGUGGUACAUAUUCAACCGACCGAUAUGCCGGAGUUUGCGACCCUGAUGGUUGCGAUUUCAACCCAUACCGCUUAGGAAACACUACAUUUUACGGCCCGGGCUCGAACUUUGUUGUCAACACUGAGAGUACAUUCACCGUUGUCACUCAAUUUGUGACUUCCUCUGGUACCUUGUCUUCUAUCAACCGUAUCUUUGUGCAAAAUGGCAAGGUCAUUGCCCAGGCUAGCUCAGAUGUCUCCGGGGUCACCGGUAAUGUCAUCACAGAAUCGUUCUGUGAGGCACAGAAAACCGCAUUUGGUGACACCGAUGUGUUUGAUAAGGAUGGUGGUUUGUCAGGCAUGAGCUCUGCACUAGCUGAAGGCAUGGUUCUGGUCUUGUCACUCUGGGAUGAUGACUACGCCGACAUGCUAUGGCUCGACAGCGACUAUCCUACAAACAAAUCUGCCUCAACACCCGGUGUUGCUCGUGGCUCUUGCUCUACCUCGUCGGGUGUGCCAUCUACCAUUCGCACACAAGAUGCUAGUUCAUAUGUUACAUACUCGAACAUCAAGUUUGGCCCAAUUAACUCAACUUAUACGGCAUGA